AUGUCUAGGAGACACUUGAGACCUGAUUCUUGGUUCUUCAGCUUUCUGAUCGGUCUGUCCAGGAGCCUCCUUGCCUUUGCAGCUUUUGCCAAGAACCAGACUUCUAAAGGUUUUGCUCCCGUCACAAUUGAGACAUCGAGUCACACGUACGAGUACGUGGCCACUGCUCUGGACUGGUGGCAAGCUGACAGGUUCUGUGGGCAGCGCUUUGCCCAGCUGCCCUUGGAACCCCAGGACGGCGAGCGAGAUUCCUUCAGCAAACUGCUGCAGUCCCACCACAUCAGAGGYCCUGUCUGGCUGAGGGAAAGGGACAGUGUCCUGCACAAAACAAAGAGGAGGCGGGGCCACACCGUGCCAGUCCUGGUAUUCAGAGACAAAACAGACACAAAAUAUGUGAAAGUGCUCCGUGACUUCCCAGCCCUGCCUGCUGUCACAGCCUGUGCCCACCUGCAGUGGGACACCCGSACCCAGGACAUCGCCACCAUCUUCUCCUACGCCGUUCCAGCUUUCAUCAACGAGUUCCAGCUGCGUGGUUUUGUGGAUGAGGAAGGCUUUGUUCGCUUUGCUCUCAUAGUGCACGGSCACCACUCCCCUUACCUGCCCGUGUUUCGUGCUGAUGGGCAGUGGCAUCACUUCUGUGUCACCUGGCAGCAGGAGAAUGGCACCUGGGCCAUCUACGCCGACGGGAAAAGGAGAGCAUCUGCCAGUGGUUUGUGUUCUGCGGGGCCCUCUGCCCCCCAGGCCAUCCUCGGCCACGGGACCUUCAUCAUCGGGCAGGAUCAGGAUUCCCUCGGGGGCACCUUCAGGGCAAAGGAGUCCUUCAGUGGCAACGUCACCGACCUGCACAUCUGGCAGAGGGUCCUUGGCRCCCAGCAGAUCGAGAAAGUUCGCUCGUGCUGGGUGGUGGAGCAAGACCUCGUUUUUGGGUGGGGCUCCAAUGCUCUGGAGGUGGAGAGCACUGUUGAGACAGUGACCACACAGCUUCUUUGCCCAGGGCCCGUGGAGGAAUGCAGAGUUUGGGAUGUUGGGAGUCGUGGAUCCAGUUACACAUCUUGUYUGCAGACUUUGCCUUUCCUCUGUGGCUACAGAAAGGAUGCGUUCCRAGAGCUGAGGAGAGCUCAGCAGGAKCCCAGYCCUGCCCUGGCCAGCCGUGUGAACGCCCUUGCAGAGAGGACUGUGAUUCCUGAGAGCGUCUUCACGAGUGGAGUGCGAGACAUGAACCUCUCUGAGGCUCUUGAUGCUCUCGAUGUGUUGGCGGCUGUUCUGAGAGAAGGACAAAUGCCCAGCCUUGAGCCACCUGACCUCCUUGCAGUGCUUCAGCUACUAAAGCAAGUUUCAGAUAUGGAAGUGCAGGAGGGAGAUGAGCUGGACAUGUUGGAGCAGUUGGGCCAGUUUUUCAUGGAAAUAACAGAGCUAAUUCUGGAGGAGCAGAACGCUGGCACGUGGUCAUCCAUCAGCCAGGUGAUCAGGGGGCCCAUGGCUGUUGUUGAGCUCUGUGACAGAAUGGGGUCACUCCUGGUGCCGCUGCUGACUGCAGAGAGGACGAAGAUCACCAUCCAGCACGGGAAUAUUGGGAUGGAGCUGAGGCAGCUGGAGCUGAGCGGGCAGGAGCUCARUGGUGAAGCCUACGUGGUGCAGACCCCUGAGAGAGGCAGCCACGACCUCAUCGAAAUUCCCGCAGAAGAGAUAGAAAGGCUGAAAACCAGAGGUCUCCACAGGGUCACAGUGAAGAACAUGUGGUUUGGUUACGGCUCCCUGCAGCGCUGCCUGUCCAGCRCCGGCACCAGCGCCGUGUCCCAGGACGUGACUGCCACUGAUGGGGGACAGAGGUACCUGGGCACCGCSGUGGGCACCGCUGUCAUCUCCUCCACCCUGCUCAGCGACCAGCGGGAGAUCAGCGCGUCCGUGCGCUACCGCCUGCAGCACCGCGCACAGGACCUGCCCGACACKCUGGUGGGGCCCAUCUGUGCCUUCUGGAACUUCAGCCUCAGCCCAGAUGCUGGUGGGAUGUGGUCCACAGCCGGCUGCUCCGUGGUGAUGUCUCUCCCGGACUCCACUGCCUGUUUUUGCAACCACAGCACCAAUUUUGCCAUCCUGCUGCAGGUGUACGAGAUGCAGAGGACCUCCAAGGAGGAGUUCACAUUGCAGAUCCUGACCUUUAUUGGAUGUGGAGUUUCCUUCUGUGCCUUGAUAGUCACCUUCAUUWUAUUCUUGGUAGUUCGCGUCCCCAAGAGUGAGCGAACAACUGUGCACAAGAACCUGAUCUUCGCCCUGGCUGCAGGAGAAGCUCUGCUCAUGUUCAGUGAGCUGGCCAAGACCAACCAGGUGCUGUGUUUCACCGUCACUGCCUUCCUGCACCUCUUCUUCAUGGCAGCCUUCUCGUGGAUGUUGGUGGAGGGGCUUCUGCUCUGGAGCAAAGUGGUGGCAGUCAACAUGAGCGAAGACAGGAGAAUGAAAUUCUACUACGUGACAGGCUGGGGGCUCCCAGUCCUUGUCGUGGGGGUGACCCUUGCAUCUUCCUUCAACAARUACGUGGCAGCCAAGCACUGCUGGCUGAACGUGCAGAACAAUGUCAUCUGGGCCUUCGUGGGGCCGGUGCUCGUCAUCCUGGCUGUGAACACCUUGGUGCUGCUCCGCGUGGUGACGGUGACAGUGGCCAGCGCCCGCAGGAGAUCCAACAUGCUGACCCCCAACAGCAGCCUGGAGAGCCAGAUUGGAGCUCAGAUCUGGGCCACGGCCAAGCCGGUGCUGGUGCUGCUGCCCGUGCUGGGGCUCACCUGGCUCUGCGGGCUCCUGGUGCACCUCAGCAUCGCCUGGGCCUACAUCUUCAUCCUGCUCAACUCCCUGCAGGGCCUCUACAUUUUCCUGGUGUAYGCAGUCUACAACAGCGAGGUGAGGAAUGCCAUCCAGAGGAUGAAGGACAAGAAGAAAGCCCUCUCGUUCACAGCCGUGGAGCUGACAGCGUUCAAACCCUCAGUGUCUAAGCAGAGCAUCCUCAGACUAUUUUCGAGACGAUGCCACCCAGAAGCAGCRCAGCUUUCCUCCCCACAGUGGACACAUGAGAAAGGCAGAAACGGUGGCACCCGGGAGUAG